GUUUUGUACUUGCUACCCGACGCUAACUUCAGCAUGCUCAAAAGGAAGCAGAGUUCCAGGGUGGAAGCCCAGCCGGUUACUGACUUUGGCCCUGAUGAAUCUCUGUCAGACAACGCUGACAUACUCUGGAUUAACAAGCCAUGGGUUCAUUCUUUGCUGCGCAUCUGUGCCAUCAUCAGUGUCAUUUCUGUCUGUAUGAACACUCCAAUGACAUUUGAACACUAUCCUCCUCUUCAGUAUGUGACCUUUACUUUGGACACUUUAUUGAUGUUUCUCUACACAGCAGAGAUGAUAGCAAAAAUGCACAUUCGUGGUAUCAUCAAGGGCGACAGUUCCUAUGUGAAAGAUCGCUGGUGUGUUUUUGAUGGAUUUAUGGUCUUUUGCCUUUGGGUUUCAUUGGUGCUACAGGUAUUUGAAAUUGCUGAUAUAGUUGAUCAGAUGUCACCUUGGGGCAUGUUGCGGAUCCCACGACCACUAAUUAUGAUCCGGGCAUUCCGUAUUUAUUUCCGAUUUGAACUACCAAGGACCAGAAUUACAAAUAUUUUAAAGCGAUCAGGAGAGCAAAUAUGGAGUGUAUCAAUUUUCCUGCUUUUCUUUCUACUUCUUUAUGGAAUUCUAGGUGUUCAAAUGUUUGGAACAUUCACCUAUCACUGUGUGGUAAAUGACACUAAGCCAGGAAAUGUAACCUGGAAUAGUUUAGCUAUUCCAGAUACACACUGCUCACCAGAAUUAGAAGAAGGCUACCAAUGCCCACCAGGAUUUAAAUGCAUGGACCUUGAAGAUCUGGGACUUAGCAGGCAAGAGCUGGGCUACAGUGGCUUUAAUGAGAUAGGCACCAGCAUCUUCACUGUCUAUGAGGCUGCCUCGCAGGAAGGCUGGGUGUUCCUCAUGUAUCGAGCAAUUGACAGCUUUCCCCGAUGGCGUUCCUACUUCUAUUUCAUCACUUUAAUUUUCUUUCUUGCCUGGCUUGUUAAGAAUGUGUUCAUUGCUGUCAUCAUUGAAACAUUUGCAGAAAUCAGAGUGCAAUUUCAACAAAUGUGGGGAUCGAGAAGCAGCACUACUUCAACAGCCACCACACAGAUGUUUCAUGAAGACGCUGCUGGUGGAUGGCAGCUAGUAGCUGUGGAUGUCAACAAGCCCCAGGGACGUGCGCCAGCCUGCCUCCAGAAAAUGAUGCGGUCGUCAGUUUUCCACAUGUUUAUCCUGAGCAUGGUGACUGUGGAUGUGAUUGUCGCUGCUAGCAACUAUUACAAGGGAGAGAACUUCAGAAGGCAAUACGAUGAGUUCUAUCUCGCAGAGGUAAGCAAUUCCCUGCAGUGCAAAUCACUUCUCAAAGCAAAGAUGAACCUCAGACAAUGCCUUUCAUACAUGUGA